AUGAAAAGACCCAGAACCCACCGUCUUACUAAAUAUAUAAAGGUUCUUGGAAAACAAAAUUCAUGUAAUACCUACGCGGCAUGUAUUGCUUGUUUUGAAAGGUUGGAAAGUAGUGAACUUUCAAGAAAUACUUUUACAAAUAAAAAACUGCAAGUUAAAAAUUACUUGAAAAAUUGUCCAUAUUUUCGAGAAAAAAUUGGAAAUCAAGAAGAACUAGAUGAUAUUAUUAAUUUGACAGAUAAUGAGAUAGAAGAAGAAAUAUGUCAAAAACGUAAAAAAGUGGAUAAUGAAUUUGGUAAGAAUGAUGAAAAAGUCUUAAAGUAUUUAAAAUCUUUGCAGUAUAAUUUCAAAAUUCCAAAAUUUAAAUCAAUAGAAGAAACAGGUUCGAAUUUGGCAAUUCGUUACGAACGUCCACAAAUUGGUUCAGGAGAUGAACUUUACUUGAAUUCAGAACUUUGCCAAAUACUUCUUGAUAAUGAUUGGUGGGAAAAAAUUGAGCUUUUGCAAGACAUUUUAUUACCUUAUUGUGGUGUUUUAAAUAAGCUGCAAUGUGAUAAAGCGCGUCUUUAUGAAGUGCUUCAUGCUCUUGGAUAUUUUAUGCAAUUCUGGAAGCAAUUUCCCGAUACAGAUUUGGGCAAUCAAAUGAUCGAUCGAUUAGAAAAACGUUGGAGUCAAUGGGAGCAGCCAUUAUUCUUACUUUCUUUUGCUCUCCAUCCAAAAUAUCGUUUUGCAUAUUUCAAUUCUGACCUUAAUAAUUUAUCAUUUACUUCCUUAGGACGAUAUUUGACAUAUUAUUAUAAAGCAUGGUUUAAAAAAUGCCCAUUACGAUUAUUAUUGGAAUUUGAAGAUUUUCAUCAGAAAGUUGAACCAUUUAAUAAUAAGACUUUUGAACAAUUUGGAGAUGAUGCUUUUAAAUUUUGGGGAUACGUAGAAGGUGAUUAUAAAGAAUUGGCUGCAGUUGCUUUAAAAAUUUUUGGUAUGUGUGUGAAUGCUGCAUCUGUUGAACGAAUGUGGUCUUCCAUGGGUUUUUUACAUACAGUUCGUCGUAACCGAUUAAAAAAUGAAAAAAUAUUAGCAAUGAGUCAACUUCGGACAUCUAUUAAUUUUUCGUUAAGAGAAAAGGAAUUACAACAAAGUCAAAUCCAAUUUUUGGAUUCAAAUGCUCUUCCAAUGGAAACUGAUUUUGAAGUUUUUACGCCAAAUUCAAAUAUUGAAGAGGACGAAGAUAUUGAAGAUAACACUAUUGUUACUCCUGAACAUUGGGAACAAGAAUUGAGAGAGUGGGAAGAGAUGUUAAUAGAAGAAGAGGUAGCACGAUUGGAAGAGGAAGAGGAAUUAAGGAGUAAUUCAAAUAAUAAUAUGGAAGGUGAUCUCUUAAGCGAAUAUAUACAUCCAGCAAUAGACGAAAAAGCAAAAUGGGAGCUUAAAAGUUUAUUUAGUUCAUCUCUUAAUGCUCCUAAUUACUUAAAUAUAGGAUCAAAUGAAUAA